AGGCCCAGAGCCAUCUAUUGAAGGGAGGAAGGACAUAUUUCCCAACCUUCGAACUGUCACUUUUCAGUAACUUGUAACUUUUGUUUUACUUAAAAGCAACAAUUUUAACUUUUAUAUUUAUGCUGUGUGUCAUAAAAUACACAAAAAUCUGAAAUUUCAGGCAAAUCGGGAAAUACAGCCAGAAUCCAGAAUUGUGAUAACUUGUAAGAUGUCAUCGGCUCUUUCUAAAGAUCACUAUAAAAACGGAAAUAAAAUAUUGGAAAAAAACGGGAAUUAAGAAAAAGAAAGUGUAAUAUCGUAUCCUUAAAAGGACAUAUUUAAAAGGGAAGAGAAAGAAAAAUAGGACUAAUUGCUCUAACAGAUACGUUGAUAAGAACAAGAGAUUACGUACUGUAGAUAAUUAAAUGAACCAAAGAAAACAAUAGCGACAAAAAUGAUGGUAAUGCGGAAGAAGAUAUGGCCGCGAGCUGUUGGCGAUCUAGCGUCGAUGGUUUUCGUAUUGGCUGUAGUACCAUUGAUAUACUGGUUCGGAUUGUGGGUAAUAUUGCCGGAAUUGUACAAGGAUGAAAACUUGCAAUAUACACUGCACUUUGUUCUUGGCACUUUCAUCAUGUUGAAUAUCGUAGGUAACUUCACGUAUACGAUGCUGUGUGACACCAGUACCGUUAGAAACGUGAUAUCAAUAAGCACAGCAAAACCUGAGAAUGGAUGGUGGCUGUGCACAGUUUGCGAAUCCGUAUCGCCACCGCGAUCAUGGCAUUGUCACACCUGUAACACGUGCAUUCUCAAGCGCAAUCACCAUUGCGUUUUUGUUGGCUACUGCAUAGGUUUUUACAAUCACCGUUAUUUCAUCAUGUUUCUGUGGUAUUCAUUUCUCGGCGCGGCGUACGCCUUUUAUUACGGCAGCUUUUUCAUCUGGAAUAGAGUAUCUUUCGAGUUUUCAACGAUCGUCAGGAUGAUUUUCCCUAUGGCGAUUUUCUUCUUUGGCAUCGACAUGUCCGUCGAUCAGUUCUACUUAGUGCUGUAUAUCAUGUCAUUUGUGGGUACUUUAUACACAGGAGUAUUAUUUAUUUAUCAUUUUAAUUUGAUACUUAGAGGUACUGUAAGUAAUGAGAGUAACAAAAAGGAUUAUACAUACGACAUGGGCUGGAAGGAUAAUAUUAAAGAAGUAUUUGGAGAACGAUGGUAUAUAACAUGGUUUCUUCCUUAUAUAAAUUCACAGUUACCUCAUAAUGGAACCUUAUGGCACAAUGUGUGUUCAAAAAACGAUUGAAUUUGAAUUCAUAUGUUUUCCAUGAAAAUAUAUUUGAACAAAAUGUCUUGCAAAAUAAUAUCAAUUUAUUCAUAUUGAUAACGUCAAUAUUGUUUUCAUAAUCAAAAUUGCAAAGAAAUUGGUUCAAUGCUUUGGAAGACCAUAUAUUUGUAAUGAAACAACGCUAAUUAAAGCUGUUGAAAAUUUCAAUGCAUUUUAUAGUUCAUCAUAUAUACAUAUACAUGUGUAUACA